AUGGCGCUCCAGCGAGGCUUCGGGGCGCUAGGAAUCUCCAUGAUAGUCGCGGGAGACAUGAUAUAUAAAAUUAACCUGAAAGACGAUGAUAGUAUUUUAGAAUUGGUAUUCUGGUCGAGACUGUCCCUCUUUGUAGCUUUUUGCCUUGAGUUGGGAAGUCGAGAACGGGUGAAUGUACUCGAGUAUCUAUCUUCUAAUAAGACGAGCCUGAUACUAUCGGUACAUGAAUCAGCCCGAGAGUUUACGUUCGGCAUAGCAGCGAUACUAAUUCCUCUUCUCUGGACACUGUGGGUCAAAUGGAGUAAGUCGCAGCGCCUAGCCCCUGGGAUUCUCAUCGUCGGUGGCAAAAGCCAGAGGAUCAAGAACCGUAAAGCAUUCAUUCAUGGCUCAAGAGACAUUCUGAUGGAAGGCUACGGCCAAUCUGGUGGGGAUUUCUACUAUGUGCCUUCUACACUAGGCGAGAGAUUGAUGGUUCCGUUCUGGGUUCUGGACGAGCUCAAGACAUCACCCGUCGACAAGGUUGACUUCGUGGGAACUUUCAUCGAGAUGUUUGAGGGGAAAUACACAACCAUGGGCAGCCGAUCGACUCUGCAUCCCCGCGUCGUCAAGGCGCAGCUGAAUCAGCAUCUGCCCGAAGUGAUGCCCGGCGUGCAAGAUGAGAUUCGGAACGCAUUCCAAGACAGCUUUCCAAAAUGCAACGACUGGACCGAGGUGCCGGUCGUCGACCGGAUCACGCAAAUCGUGGCGCGCGUCUCGAGCCGCAUGUUCGGCGGAACGACUCUGAGCGAGAACGCGGAAUGGGUUCAGGCAUCAAUCGAUUUCGCCCUCGAUGGGUUCGUAGGAGCCCAGAAGCUGAAGAAGAUCCCCAAGAUAUUUCGACCUGUGGCUUCGCGGUUCAUACCGGAAAUCACCAAGAUCGCCGGCCAUUAUCGCGCUGCGGAAAAGGCCUCGAUGGACAUGAUCGAGCAACGGAGGCGCACAGGCGAAAGGGCGUCCGAUCUGCUCUUCUGGAUGGACCAGCAGGCCGUCGGCCCGGAAAAGGACCCCAAAUUCCUCGCGUCGAUUUUGCUCAAGGUCAGCUUCGCUGCUAUCCACACGAGCGCUGCAGCUCCGAGCCAACUUAUUUUCGACCUCUGCCAAUACCCGGAGUACGUCGAGCCACUUCGGCAGGAGUACCGGAAUGUCCUUGAUAGGGAAGGGAGGAUCAGCAAGCAGGGGUACCUUCGAAUGCCAAAGCUGGAUUCGAUUAUGAAGGAGAGCCAACGGUUCAAUCCUUUGCUCCUCGUAACUUUCGAGCGCAUUAUUACAGAGAAGCUAACGCUUCUCAAAAAGCUAACGCUGUCCAACGGCUUUGUCAUCCCUGCAAACACAAUGAUCGGCAUACCCACGCAUGCAAUCACCAUGGAUCCGGGACUCUAUCCUAAACCGGAGAAGUUUGACGGCUUCUGUUUCGCCAAGCUUCGACAGGAAGACCCCAGCAUGGAGGGGAAAGGGCAGUACGUGGCAUCAAAUCCUAAUAGUAUGGCCUUUGGUUUCGGCCGUUAUGCAUGUCCUGGCUGUUUCUUCGCCGCGCAGGAGAUCAAGGCCAUCAUGGUCUUCCUAUUGGAGAACUACGACAUGAAGUUCAAGGAGGGACAAACAAGACCGCUGAGCUUGGUGUUUGAGACCCAGUACUUACCGGAUCACUCGACUUUGGUGCUCUUCAAACGACGCUAA